GCAACAGUGCAUGUUGCAGGGUGCUUUGGCUGUCGCUUUCGCGCUGGUGCCGGUGCCGCUGGCUCCGCUGCAGGCAAGCGCCAGAGCGCCGCCGCUCGUUGCCAAGGAGCAACAACCACAGGGCGACGGCCUGGGCGGGGCCGUCAGCGCAAGCUUGAAUGAGCUCUUCUCCAGCUUUUUCAAGCCCGACGAGGAGAAGCAGGCGGAGAUAGACCGCGCGUACGCCGAGCAGCUGGAGGUGGCGGCGCGCCGGAAGAAUCCCAAGGCGUCCGCUGAGUACAUGCGUGCCACCGAGAAGAGGCGCCGCGAGUCCUCAGCGGCGUUUGCGGACAAGUUCGCGUGGCAGCGGGGCAAGGAGGACCCGUUGGUGGAGUGGAAGAAGCGCCAGAAGGAAGGAAAGCUGAAUCCGCUGGGAUACGAGGACGAGCCCAAGGGCGGCAUCCCGAUGCCCAUGGCCUCUUUCGGCGUCGGCGGUGAGUUUGGUGUUGGUGGCAAGUAUGAUAACGGCGAGCGCUUCGACCUGCGGCUGCCGUACGCUGAGCAGGGCUGGGUGGAGGGUGAGGAUGACGAGCAGGCGCCAGGCUUCUUUGAGAACCUGCUUUCGGGAGGCAAGCUCCAGCGCGCUUACGACGAGAUGAUGCGGCAGAAGCGCGAGAGAUGAGAGACGAGCGUGAGACUGAGAGCCGCGGCGGCGCGCGCCCCAGAGUGGAGCCCUCUAGCGCCCUGGUUCCGAAUCCGGAAUAUGUGACACUCAAGUUGGCCGUGUUCGCAACAUGUAGAGUUACUUUUGUACGACUACC